CGACCGAAACGCUCGGGCAGUGCUCUUACGUGUCGCUCAUCAAAAAGGACUCAAACGAUACAAAUAUGGACCGCUUUAUGUCCGGUUUGGCCGCACUCUACGAGUUGGGCGUCAAUCUGUCGGUCGAGCGGCUGUACCCGCGCGUCGAGUGGCCGGUGGCCAGGAAUACGGCGGCCAUUAACUCACUGAUCAAAUGGGAUCACCGAAAGCCGAUUCGCGACCGCAUAUUCCCGGAGCGCUGGAGUCGCCGAAACGGCGCCGACGCCAACGUCGAGAUCAAUUGCGGAGCAAAUGAUUACCGCUUUUAUUUGGACCACUCGGUCGACGGUCAGCCUAUAUUGGCGGCCACCGGGUAUUUGCUGCUGGCGUGGCGUAAACUGGCCUACGACCAGGGCAAAUUGUGGCACCAGGUGCCCGUAGUGUUUGAGAAUGUUCAGUUUAAAAGGGCCGUGUUUUUGAGCGAGGACAGUAUCACCAAACUUACUGUCAAAUAUUAUCCAUUAACCGGUGACUUUUGUAUCUACGAGAACGAAAACGUAUGCGUUUCGGGCAAAAUGCGUGCGCCCGCAGGCGAUGACGCGCUGAGCGCACAGCACACCCUAUUGGACGGCGAGCGGCGACUAUCGGGCGCCCAAUACUCGCUCCAAACGUACGACAUAUACACUGAGUUACGUAUUAUUGGCUUAGAGUACGGACAAGCGUUUCAACGGCUGCGACGGGUCGGCACCGAUGACUAUCGGGUGUUUUACGGCCGCUGCCAAUGGGACGGCAACUUUGUCACUUAUAUGGACGCCCUGUUACAGUCGCGGGCGCUGUCGGUGCCCUUUCGCAAAAUGCUGUUACCGGUGCUCAUUCGCAAACUAACUAUAGACCCGCGCGUUAUGUUUGACGCUUUCAAUCGCAAUAAGUGCGGUGAGGAAGGGGUGGAGGGGGUGGAGGGGGUGAAACCUACCGUCGCCCCUAUCGCCUCAAAUCCGAGUCAAGUAAACAUCGAUGUCGCUAACGAAAUGGGCGAACUCGGGUUGUAUACCAACGACCAAACGGUGCCUAUAGUGUCGGCGCCGGCGGUCGACACAGCGAAGACCCGUUACAAUCACCGGUUCUCUCAAUACUCGUCGGAAAUAACGUUUCAUUUCAAUUGCGAGACCAAACAAUUGGUGGCGCCGGGCGUUGAGCUCGAAGAGGUGAUUGUGGCGCCCGUUGCCCGCCGUCACGACACCACUGGUCUCGUGUUAGACACCGACGAGUUUUACGCCAACGAUGACAAUCAUGCAAUAGAUCAUUGCCUAUCAGCCGCUAUGGCUAAAUAUUUACAGGUUUGCAAAUCACUGGCUGUGAAAGUAAAACAAUUAGGUUUCGCAGAAAUGAAAUGCGAUUUCAAUUACGAAAACUUAGGCGAAGAAGUGAUACAAGAAUUUCGCAAAGAAUGCAACGAAAAUCACGUUAUGUUUCGUACUGAAUACGAUAUGAGUAAAGAUGCGGUCAAUCAGAUCCAGAGGAAUGAGCGUAUGAUCAGAGCGUUGGUCGAAAUUGUAUGCGAAAACUGUGUAACCAAUCGAGACUUUACGGAACCGGAGAUUGCGUUCAUGUCUUUGACGGCAAAACCAAUUCCCAGUAAUAAUGAAUUGGAUUUAAGGAUCAAAACGUUUCAAACGAUUGCCACUAAAACUGGUCUUAAUUUAAUCGCUGCAAAAUGCGAUACAAUCGGAACCAUGUGUUUAUUGUUCAGGAAAAUUAUUCACAAACCUGUAAUACCCGCCAAACACAAUGUAAUUCAAGUAAACCGCGAUUACCGGCAAUGGUUUGGUGUAUUGCAAGAAAAACAGACGGCAGGUCUAGACGCGGAUAAAACGAUGGAUACGGUAUGGCUUUUGGCUCAGGACUCGUCAAUCAAUGGUAUCAUUGGUUUAAUGAAUUGUUUGCGAUUAGAACCGGGAGGAAAAAAGUUCCGGUAUAUAUUCAAUAUGGACACCAAUAACGACAACACUGUCAUUGACUUUAAUAGCAAACCCUAUUCCGAUAUAUUGGCCAACGAUUUAGCCGCCAAUGUUAUCAAAGAGGGAAAAGUGGGAACUUAUAGACACUUUAAAGUGGUCGCAGACUAUGAUAAAUGUGUGUCAAAUGAUUAUUAUCUAAACUCAGGGGCGAAGAAAGACUUGACGGGAAUUGAAUGGUUUGAUUCCCGGAAAAUACCCGAAAUUAAAACUUUCUAUACGUCUGAUAAUAAAGAGGUUCGCAAAACACGUGUCGAGAUAUAUUGCGCUGGCAUUUCAUUUCACGAAGUCAUGCUCGCUUCUGGUCGCAUAACCCCCGGUGCGGAGCAACUGUUUACCGAUUGUCUGUUGGGCUGCGAAUACGUGGGCCGACGCGUGGAUACCGGGGAACGGGUGAUGGGAAUCGAUACUCACCGUACGUUCGCCACAUCAGUGAACGCCAGCAUUCAUAGCAUGACCACAAUUCCCGAGCACUGGUCGAUGGCAGAGGCGGCCACUAUAGUGGGCACAUAUUGUACACUGUAUUACGCGCUCAUCAAAAGGGCUAAUCUUAAACAAGGCGAAAGUAUAUUAAUUCAUUCGGCGGCGGGAGGUGUGGGUCAGGCGGCGAUCAAUAUGUGUCGGCACUACGGGUGCGAUAUAUACGCGACGGUCGGGACGGCGGAGAAGAAAGAGUUUUUGAUGAAUAAAUACAAUAUACCGGCGGACAGGAUAUUCAACUCGAGAGACAUCGCAUUCAAGAAUCAAUUGUUGCAAAUGACGGCCGGAAACGGUGUCGACAUUGUGUUAAACUCGUUGUCGGGCGAAAAAUUGGACGCCAGUUACCAGUGUGUGGCCAAUAGUGGCCGUUUUGUUGAGCUAGGUCGGUACGAUAUGCUUGAAAACAAACAGUUGGGCAUGUUUGAUUUUGUGCGCAACAUACAAUUCAUUGGCGUUGUCAUUGACAUGGUCAUUUUGAAAGAGAUUGACUUUUUUGUGGAAUAUUUCCAUUGGGUUCGCCAGAACUCGACCAAUGGUUGCGUUAAACCCAUUAAUUAUACAUUGUUUGAGGCCCGGGAGGCGGACAAAGCGUUCCGGUAUAUGACAACCGGUAAACACAUGGGAAAAGUGGCGCUCAAAAUGCGCGACGAAGAGAUUAAUAGGAGACCAUUGAUCGCCAUAAAACCGGCCGUAGAUAUGGUGACAACGGUUAAGACGUUUUUCGAUCCAAACAAAGUCUAUAUAAUAACGGGAGGUUUGGGGGGCUUUGGGCUGGAGUUGGUUCCGUGGAUGCAGUUCUUUGGCGCCCGAAAGUUUGUGACCACUUCCCGGUCGGGCCUUCGCACCGAUUAUCAAAAGUUUAUAUACAAUCGUUUCCUAAAGUGUUACGCAAAAUAUAAAGCGUUUGACUGCCAAUGGGUUGUCUCCACAGCCGACGGGUUUACGAUUGACGGCACGCGUCAAUUGUUACGGGAGGCACAGGAGUUGGGCCCCAUUGGAGGGGUGUUUCAUUUGGCGCUUGAGCUAAGCGAUUGUCUAUUGGAAAAUAUGACUCUCGAUCGGUUUCGCUCGUCGUUUGAAACAAAGUACACGCUAUUCACAAAUCUGGAUCAAUUGAGCCGACAAUUGGAUUAUCCAUUGGAUUAUUUUGUGGUCUUCUCGUCGAUCGCGUGCGGCAAAGGCAGCUCCGGGCAAACGAACUACGCUUACGGCAACUCGUUGUGUGAGCGUAUAUGCGAAGAGCGCCGUAGGGAUGGUCUGCACGGACUGGCCAUACAGUACGGGCCCAUCGACGACGUCGGCGCGUUUGUCGGCCCCAAACAGAUGAUGGCUUUCACUUCGGUUCAAAAGCAAAGAAUAUACUCGUGUUGUCAUGUUUUGGACAAAUUGUUGGCAAUUAAACAGCCUGUGGUCACUUCUCACGUUCAAUUUAAUGCAAGAAUAAGCAGUAGAGAGUCGGGCAGUAAAGAGGCGCGAGUUGUGGGCGAAUUGUGGCGGGCGUUGGGCAUCGACCCGGAGGUGACGCCCGACCACUUGACACUCGGCGAGAUAGGGCUCGAGUCGAUGUUCGCCGUGGAGUUGCAGACAGAGCUGGAAAGAGAGUACGCCAUAAGGUUUUCCCUAAAUUACAUCAAAAGCAUUACGAUCGGUAUGUUGAAGGCGUACGAGUCGGGCGACAUUAACGUCAUCAAAAGGUACGUCAACGAGCUGAAAAGCGCCCGGCUCAAUUUGUUGCGACAAAAAUUUAUCAUGCCCACCGAAACGCAUAUACGGCUAAACGCGGUCACCACCGGUCGACCCGUGUAUUUGAUGCCCACAAUGUUAUUGAAUUUCACCAUGUUCGACGAGUUGGUCCGUACGCUCGGCCGACCGGUAAUCGGGCUCAAUUGGACGCGCGAGAUGAGCGCGAUGACCACGCUCAAACAGGUGAACGAACACUACGCCAAACUGUUGCGACAAUUGGAGCCCCGGGCGGAGGGCGGCUACGAUGUUGUGGGCUAUUUAGACGGCGCCAUCGCCGCCGGCAAACUCGCCCGUAAGGGUGCGGCGAACCGAGCGGUGAUAAUCGACAUAAUGGGCGCCAACGAGAGGCUUCUGGACGGCGAUCAGCUCACGGACACCGAUGCGCUCGGCUUUACGCUGGACGCCGUGUUUUGUUUAGCUCCGGCCGACUUUCGGCUCAAGAUUAUGCGCGAUGUGAGCAAAGAGACCGAUACGAUAGGCCGCGUACGUCGGGUCACCGCCGAGUUCGCCGAGUUUGCCGGCAAAGGCCUUCAGGCGCCCGACAUCGACGAGAUUUGUCACGUUUUGUUGGCCAGACUUCGCAUGUUUUUGGCGUAUAGAGCGGAGAAGCGCAAGAAGUUGUCCGCUGGGCUCAAAACGGCGAUCGUCCGUAAGUGGUCUAAGCGUGUGGGCAAAGUUAGCAUGAUCAAACCAGUUAUGUUGGAUGGUGUUAACGAUGUCGACGCGUUGAUUGCCAAAUCACGUGAUGCUUACUUAUUACCCGCGGCACCACAGGGUGAUGAUAAAGCCAAUGCUGAUAUAGAGGUGACAAUUAUAAAUUCAAUGCCAACGUUGGAUCCAAUGAACGCUGAAAUGAAUGAGAAAAUAUUGGCAGCACUUAAAUAAAGAGUAACAAAAACUUUUAUAAAUUAGAC